AUGUGCUCGAUAUACACCCAAGAUCUCAUCGAGAAAAGUAAUCUCAGGGUCAUUCUUCUCUGCGGUCAGAUGGCAGAAGACGUGGUCCUUACGGAUGAUGAUCAGACACGAGCCCUCAGUCUCAACAUCCGGGGUCUAGACUUCCGACUCUGGAUAAGGCCCAAGGACAAUGCUAUCGAGCGUCUAUUUGUGAGGUCGCCUGCCCCUCUUGUUGAACUCUGGUCGUGCAAAGGCCAGGCAGCUCAGAGGAUCAACGCAUUAUUCCAAUUUGUUGCAGCCGUGACAAAUGCCAAGCUUUUCCCAGCAUUCUUUGAAAGCGCUCUCACGGUGGAGUUGAUCGUCCGCGGAUGGGACGAUGAGAGAGCUAAAAGAAUCGAGCCAUUAACACCGCAGCUGGACAUGAUCAAUCCGAUUCUCAGGAUCUGGCUAGAAAAGCUAGGGUUCACCAAAGAUGAUGACAUUCAGCGUCUCGCGGAAUGUUGCAAAGACACCGAAUGUUGUGCUGGAUCAUUGAGAUAUGGGUUGCUUGUGCUCUCUAAAGUCCUUCCAAGGCGACAAAGACUAGGCACCGGACGGAUCCCACCGUCUCAUACAAGACGCAGAGGCGUCAUCGGCGCAAAGGCUCUUGACAUGGUCCGGUCAUUGCUCUCAGAUGUUCAACGCCAGGACUACAGCCUAUCCAGCAAAGCGACGCCUCCUCAUACCAAUGCCUCACAUCCUGGUUCACUGCCAGAGGGAAUAGAUUCUGUGGACGAUAGCGCAGUGCUUGAAGCAAUUCAUUGCGGAAGCGCUAUUAUCGAAGAAUUUAAUCCCGAGGAAGAGCAAAACGUGCUAAUUGGUCGUCGAUUUGAAGAUUCACAGACCCUACGGAAGAGGAGAGAGGUGGACACGAUGGCUUUCCGAAAACACUUGAGGCUUUUGACUGGAUACUCUUACAAAGGCAACGAAACGAAGAAAGGGAGUGACAGUUCCUACCAGUUUCAACGUCCAUCAUUUGGUGAAAGACAUCCCAAUUCAUAUACUCUGGAAGGCACCGAAGAUGACCCAGGAAUACGGUUUGCCCUUCGGAUCACUCUUCUCGGUGAGGAUGGAGAAGAAUACUUUACGCAGUAUGCAAAAAGUUCCUCAUGGCAAGCGAUCGCGAUCGCAAACUCCUUUGUUGAUGGGCUGUCUGGUGACACCCUCGAAGAGAUCUGCCGCCGGAGAAGACGAUUUGGUUUCAUUGACAAAAGGCUUCAGAACAUACCCCCAGAAUUGAAACUUUUCGUCAAUGGAGCUUACCGAUAUGACGAUGGGACUAUAGUAACAUUCAAGGGUCAUUCACGAAAGACCAUUGGCGGAAGUUGCUGA